AUGGCAAGACUCAAGAUCCUAACCUUUACUCUGAUGUAUUUAGUCCAGGCUUGGACUUUGGGUGUGGACUCCAAGAUGGUUCAUCUUCGUCAGCCUGGUCUCAAUUUCUCUGUACCCUUAGACAUGGUCCCUAACUCAGUUGACGACAAGUACAAACACUGCACUGAAAAAAUGUACAAGAAGGUGCAGGAGGAAUAUCUUCCAAAUGAAAACUCCACUGAAGGGAUCUUUAAACAAGCCUGGAUGAAGGCAGAAGGAUGUGCAACUAUUGAGAAUGUGAAGCAACGAUUCCAAAAGGACAAGUCCAAGUACAUUCCUAAAGAACUUACACAUGAUCAUAUCAAGGCUAUCUGUGCUUACACAGCAGCGGUACCUGAGAUAUACCCAGUGUUCAACCAAGCAGUCCGGACCAAUAGAACAGAGUACACCACCUCCUUCCACUUCCACUCCCUUCAUUUCCUCCUGACUGACGCCAUUCGCCUCCUGAAACUGAACCAAAAGUUCUGUCACACCACGUAUCGAAGAAGCAACAUGGAGUUUGUUAGUAAAGUUAAGAAAGUAAUCAGAUUUGGCUUCUUUGCCUCCAGCUCUCUCGACAAGGGAAUUAGUACAAAAUUUGGAGACAAGUCUUGCUUUGAGAUAAAGACAUGUUUUGGCGCUGACCUGAAGUCCUUCCCCAAACUGGGGAAUCAUGAAAAGGAGGUGUUGAUUCCACCGUAUGAGGUGUUCAGAGUUACUGCUGUGCUGAAGAAAGAGAAUUAUAAAAACCUUUGGUGUGAUGUUGUGUACACACUUAAAAGUAUCACCAAGCCCAGGAGUAACCUGAAUUGCAAACUCUUUAAGUAA